UAUGAACGAGGUGUGGGUCGACGAGACCCGACGACCGCCGGAAGAGGCACCGCAAAGAGUGACCAUGUUCUUCAUCGAAGACCGCAACAGCGACCCGAUGCGCUACAACGCCUCGCGCGUCAACGAAGUCGCCGCGGUGUUCACCGGCGAGAACGGCUUGCCGCGGCGCAAGUGGAUUUCGCGGUUUACGACCGCGCGACGGCCGGACCCGCGAUGCGCACGCUGUCGACGAGGUCGCCACACAUCGAUCCGAUGGUAUACCCGCUGCUCUUUCCGAACGGCGAAAGGGGAUGGAACCCACACAUGGAACAGACGGGCGCGCGGAGAACGACCAACAGGCAACGCGUGUCCAUCAGGGAGUUCAUGUGCUAUCGUCUGGCCGUCCGUUACGGGGGCAACAACGACGGCGGCGGUCACGGCGGGUUCAGCCCGUUACACGCCGGCGGUUUUCUGUUUCAACAGCUCCUGUGCGACUAUUACGUGCGCAUGGAAUCGGAGCGGUUCGAAUACUACGAGGCGCACCAGUCGGACUUUUUCGUGGAGGCCUACCAAGGUCUGAUGGAUCACAUCAACGGGCAACACGACGUGACCAGGGACAACGACGUCGGGUCCCGCGUCAUCCUGCCCGCUUCGCACACGGCCGGCGUGAGGUUCAUGAAAAGACGUUAUCACGACGCCAUGGCCUUGGUGCGGACGUACGGCAAGCCCGAUCUGUUCAUCACUUUCACCUGCAACCCGAAGUGGACGGAGAUCGCGGACAACCUGUCGGACGCGUUGACGUACAUCGACAGGUCCGAUUUGGUUACGCGCGUGUUUCACGCCAAACUCAAAGCGCUGAUGGACGAUCUGACGCGCAGGAACGUCUUCGGCCGCGUGGCGGCUUACGUCUACACGGUCGAGUUUCAGAAGCGCGGUCUGCCGCACGCGCACAUACUGCUCAUUCUCGACGAGCGGUUUAAAAUACGUUCGGCCGAAGACGUGGACCGGAUCGUGCGAGCGGACAUACCGGAUCCCGUCGCGCAACCGACGCUGCACCGUCUGGUCAAGACCCACAUGUUGCACGGUCCGUGCGGCGUGUUUUUCAGAACGUCGCCGUGUUGGGACCAAGAGAAAAACGUCUGUACCAAGCAAUACCCGAAACCGUAUUGCGAGGAAACGGUUUACCGCGCCGACGGCGGUUACCCCGAGUACAGGCGACCCGACAACGGUCGUACCGUCGAAGUGCGGCGGGCCACCCUGGACAGUCAGUGGGUGGUGCCUUACAAUCCCUAUCUGACGGCCAAGUACAACGCUCACAUCAACGUGGAGGUGUGCUCUUCGGUGAAGAGCGUCAUGUAUCUGUACAAGUACGUGUACAAGGGCCACGACGCCGCCACGUUCGCGGUGUUGAACAACAACGAAAUACAGAGCUAUUUGAACACGAGAUACGUGAGUCCGCCGGAGGCGUUUUGGCGAUUGGCCGAGUACGAAAUUCAAAAGCAGAGUCACGCCGUCGUAAAACUGCCGGUUCACCUCGAGGGCCGGGAACCGGUAUAUUUCCGACAGGGCGAACUGCCGCCCGCGGUGCUCUUCAGCGCCGGGGUGCGCACGAUGCUCACGGAAUUCUUCCAGCUGAACAGGAACGACGCAGGCGCCAGGCGGUACCUGUAUCACGAAAUACCCAACUGCUACGUGUGGGACGGCAGGGAAUAGUCUUGGCG